ACAUAAAGCAUCUUGAGAAUGCUUCAGAAGAAGAGAUAGCAAAGCUAAGAUCUGAAAUCUCCAGUCUAAAAAGUCAGUUAUAUCAAGCUAAGAAGGAUGUAAGAGCGAUUGGUAAAAUCUGA